AUGGCUGAGAAGGACGCCACUGUCAGGCUCCGGCGAGCGGUCAAGGAGAACAACCUCUUUCUGGUCAAGAGACUCAUCAAGCGGACCGACAUGAGGAACCCGGACCCAACUCACAAACGAUUCACGUCUCUGGCUUGGGCUGCUUUUCUCGGUCAUGAGGAGACAUUCGAGUUUCUCCUAACUAGCGGCCAUGAUGACCAUGAAUACAGCAAGGACUCGGACAAUAACACCAUCCUCAUUCUUUUGGCCGAGGCAAGACCGCCGCUCUCUAGUUCUUACGGGUCUGGCCCCAGCGACCAUGAGUUUUUCAGUGCUAAUCUACGCAUGGCACGGCUCUACUACGAUCAUUAUCCGGAUAUAUUAGAGUGGGCAAAUGUCGAAGGGAAGACCCCGCUGCAUGUAGCGGCAAUGAAGGGUAACGAGGAGCUAGUGCGGAUACUCUGUGAUCUAGGAGCUGACUGUGAUCUCGCUGACAACGAGGGUAACACCCCACUGCACUAUGCGAGCGCUUGGAAUCACAUCUCGGUUGUGCAAUUGCUGAUCGAAAGAGGCUGUCAAUAUUCAGCACGGAACAAUGAAGGGUUCACCCCUUCCGAUUACGCGUAUUCCACCACCACCCGGGAAGUCCUGCAGGAUACAGCUCGCGCCCAAUUUGAAAACAACAAGAAAGCCCGUCGGAACGUUUUUGCCCAGGCCGCCGCCAGAGGCACCGAAUGGGGCGGAACCCCAGAUGUAGGACCUCCUCCGCCUCCCAAAGCUUACAGCAUCGCCAAUGGGUCCGUCCGAAUGCGUAGCGGUUCUGGAACGAGCCGCACGACCACCACUUCUGAUAGCGGUGAUCAACUAGACAACGUAGCGAUACAUUCCACCCGCAGUCACCCAUCACUAGCCUCCUCGUUAUCUCCGCCACGACCACCAGCUCAGUUGCCUUCGGGCUCACAUUCCCCAGCACAACCCUCCGCUAGCUCCUCUGGCAGCACUGCCUUCUCCGCCAACUCGCCGUCACCACAGCCGCACACUCAACUUCUGCCCAAUCACAAUCCGGCAUCAGCCUUAUCACCCAUAGCCACGCGUAUGCGCGAACGAGAUGCCGAUGCGAUGGAGAAGUACAAGCUCCGCCAACGCAGCGGGAGCGCAACUACCGCAUCCACGGACAACCAAUCACAGAACAGCUCGCCAGCGGGCCCCGCCCCUACCGAUGAUGAUAUCAAGCCGCUGAACUCAUUAGUCACGGUAGGAUCGGUCGCACCGAGGCGUCGAUUACGCCCGUCGGCGUCCGCGGCUCAGCUCCGAAGUAAUCCCCAUCCUCCAGCCCUUGUGCCGGGUUCAGGCUCUUCGUCAUCACAACAGGAUAUGCUCCGGCAUCGAUCGGGUACAAGUCCUGCGAUGCUGAAACACAUUACUCCCCCUAUAUCCCCGACGUCUACGCACGACUCUAUGGGCCUCUCAACACCAACACAAAGCUCGUCGCGGCCGACCCUGCGUCGGAGAGAUGAAGUUAUAUCUCGCGAGGGCUUUACUGGGCCACCGGGCGACUAUGCCAGGUUCCCUCCGCCCCCGGAGCCGGAGGAAUUCAUCGAGCGCACGCGCACAAUCACCCCCACUACAGCUAUCUCCCUUGCCACCCCCGCACCCCCCUCGCACUCACGUCGUCUGCCUUUCAAUCUGCUCUCAUCACAUAAACCUGGUAUCGACCCGCAAAUAGGCCUCGGCGGCCACCGGAGGAAUGCGUCAGUGAAUGCGGCCAUCCGGUAG